GACUUGGCAGGAGAGAACUAAGAAAUCUCGAGACAGCGAUAGCAACUGCACCGCCAUUUUCUUCAUACGAUAGUUUUAAGCCUACCAUGUCGGAGUACGUCGAGCUCCCACCCAGCACCCGCAAGCGGUUCUUCGAGCCCGUUGUCUUGUUGGACUCGCUGCGGUCCGUCUACGUUAAAGACAACAGGACCUCAGAACCAGACCUGGAGUCAGACACGGGGAAAUCUCCGAAGCAAACAUACUACUGCUUCCUAAACAAACUGAGCCAAAUCUGCGACAGUGAGCCAAAGCAGCCUCUUGGCAAAACCGUCAGCGCCGUCGUGAUCCUCGACUCGGGCACCAUCGAGUACCGCUUGGCCUCCAACCAGCGAGACCGCCGCGAGCUGGACACGGUCAGGGAAUACCUGACAGACAUAAUCGAUGUGUUCGGCCGUGCCAGCGAUGAGGAGAUGAAUGAUAGAUCCUUCACAGCUCAUCUUCUCUCUGACGUCUUGCGGAAGGUCCUGGCUUUCAAUCGUUUUAGAAUCGAGGACUACAUUGAUGCAUUGUGUGAUGUGAAACCGAACCGCGAACGAGAUAACCUCACUUUCUGCAUCGAGUCCGCCGCAAGUGAUGAGGCGGUGGAGGGGGAAGCGGCUGCCAAUGCUCUCCGGAGCCUGCUGCCGCACAUUCAAGCUGCAAGAAGGGCCCCACGCGGCAGCAAUGACGCAUUUUCCAGUCACGCAGAGAAGCUCCUCAAGGCCAUUCACGCUCACUACGAAUUCAGCCUCGGGGAGUAUAUGAAAAAGAAGACGCGCGGCGACAACAGAAUCGGUGACAGCCCCUGGGACGACGUCCGCCACGCCGUCGGCCGCCUGCUCUCCUACUACAUCGCCAUCAAAGUGCUCAUCUCCGCCCGCAAGCUGUGGCCCCGGAUUUUUGUCGACUUCGAAGUGACGUACAUCCCAUCCAGUCAACCCCUGGGCCAGCCUCCCGACAUCCGGCGCAACGCACGCGGCAUCCUCAACCGCAUGGGCCGCAACAAGUCCACCAUCGAGGCCUAUCAGCGCCACGCCAAGAGCCUCCAGGCCCUCGGGCUCGACGAUCGCAUCAAGGACCGGGUCAGCCCCGCCCGCUUCCGGCCCAUCGUCCACGCCGAAGUCAACCUCCUCGACUCGGUGCUGCGCGGCCAGGAACUGGCCGAGCGCGAGGGUGAGGACCCGAUCCGCUUCUUCAACGAGGCCGAGUUCGGCCGCUACAUCGGCAGUAGCAAGCCGACCUGCCUGCUGUGCCACUUCUACUUCCGGCACCAUCCGUCGCUCGUGCGCUGCCGCGAGACGCACUACAACCUGUACCCCAACUGGCGGGCGCCGGACGUGAGCAAGGCGGACGGCGAGGAGGCGGAGCGGCAGCGGCUGGAGAUCGUAGAGGACCUGAUCAAGGACGUGCGCCGUGAGGCCGGGCGGGCGAUCGAGCAGCACUCGUAUCCCCGCCGCAGGCACGACUCGUGGGACACGCCGACGAACCCGCUGCCCGGGAGCACGGUCCGGGCGGUGGAUGAUGUGGCUUCGAUGUUGAGUCAUGUUAGUCUUGAUGCCGCUUCAACUAGGCGUGCUCCGCCCGAUGUCUCCUCGACCUGGGGCGAGAGUGACUCGUCGCGAGAAGUGACUCCUGGAAGUCCCAUGUCUGGUGCAGACGACGAUGUGGAGGAUGGAGAUGAGGAUGGCGGUGUUUAACUGUAAAAGCGGGCAGUUCACGUCAAGAAGCUUUGGAUAAGAAAAAGGAUGAACAACAAGAAGCAGGGUCAGAGUAUGUCGUACGCAUGUGGCAUGAUGUUGAAGUUAUUAUGAGCAGCCAUCUAUACUAUAAACAGAGUUUAUCUAUCUCCAACCUCUAUAGCACUGCACCAUCUAUUAUUAUUAUUGUUCCUCCUACUCCGAUAUGCCUAGCUAAAUACAAGGCGCGCCGG